CUGUCAGCGGGAACGAGCAGCCAGAAAGUGGGAGGGUUUGCGCGCGGCCGUUGUGUUCGGAUUGACUGCGCGCCCCCUCCCGGUGUAGCCGUUAGCUCGGUGUCCGGUCGAUGUUUUAGCGGCGGAGCGUGGACUGGAAGUGGGAUGAUAGUGUUGUAAACGUCGAGCCAGGGUUCAGCGACCGAGAGAGGACCAGCAGCCGCUCCGCCCCGGGACAGAACAGAGAUAAGGACACACUGACCUGAGAGCUGCAGGUGAAAGGCUCGUAUCCUCAAACCUGUUUCUGGGUUUACCUGACAGGUGAGAGGCUGAGUGAGCGAGCGAGCCCGUGAGAGAAGCACACACACAGAGAGAGAGAGAGAGACCAUGGAUCACCAGAGACAGAGGACUCUGUCCACAUCAGGAGAAUCGCUGUACGCCGUGCUCGGGGUCAACAAGAACGCCACUACGGAGGACAUCAAGAAAUGCUACAGGAAGCUGGCACUGAAGUUUCACCCAGACAAAAACCCGGACAACCCCGAAGCAGCAGAGAAGUUUAAGGAAAUCAAUAACGCCCACUCCAUCCUGGUGGACGCCACCAAGAAGAACAUCUACGACAAAUACGGUUCCCUGGGGCUGUACGUGGCCGAGCAGUUCGGAGAGGAGAACGUCAACACCUACUUUGUUCUGUCCAGCUGGUGGGCCAAGGCCCUGUUCGUCUUCUGCUGCCUGGCCACCGGCUGUUACUUCUGCUGCUGCCUGUGCUGCUGCUGUAACUGCUGUUGCGGCAAGUUCAAACCUCACCCGCCAAUGGACCAGGACCCCGAGUUCUACGUCUCCCCUGAGGACCUGGAGGCCCAGAUGACGGCUGAGGAGAGAGAUGGCGGCGACCCCAUCGUGAUGCAGCCAUCUUCAGCCACAGAAACCACUCAGCUCACCUCUGAUGCCCACCAAAGCUACAAGACCGACGCAUACUAAACACGCACACACACACACACACACACACACACACACACACACACACACACACACACACACACUCUCUCUCUCCUGGAAAUCCCACUCAGCUUCACUCACAAUGAGCUCAGCCCAGAUUUUCCCUUUUUCACGUUUCCAUGUUUGAAUGUCUGAGGUGAAACGAGGAAGAGGAGGGAGGAAAUCUGGAGGAGGAAGAGAAACAAACACUUGCAGUAACGCUCUGGUUUGAACCUCACAGUUUAUUAUUUAUCCAGAUUCACGGUUAAUGUUCAGAUGAAAGUAUAGACAGGAAGUGACACACUGACUGUCUUAGCUGGGCGCCAGUGAGGCAGCUUCUUCUCAGGUCUGAGGUUUCAUCAGGUAACCAACAGGUGAACAAGGUCAGGGUGAAACGCUGCGUCACUUUUUACCAUCCAAUCACUGGAGGGAAGGCGGGACAAAUGCUAAACCAACCCACCGUCACGGCCUGCUCGUCUAACAGUUUUCACUUCCUCACCGGUGAGAGUUGUUACUAAAAAAGUAACUACACAUACUGCAUUACUUUGAGGAAAAGUAACAAGUAUGUUACCUAAUUACUCACUGAAGAAAGUAACUAGACUAUUUGUUACAUUACUUUCUCAUCACUCUGCAAAAUGACCUGAAACUCAUCGUCUCACAAUCUACGGUGGCCCUGAGAGGUCAAACGCACUGCAACUCAGUGACAAGCUAAUAAUACGUGGCUAAUAGCAAACAUCCUCUGCUUUUUAUUCAGCACGUCUCAGUGCGACACGUUAACGUCUCCAUCACGUCUCCGUCACGUUAAUGUCUCCAUCACGUCUCCGUCACGUUAACGUCUCCAUCACGUCUCCGUCACGUUAACGUCUCCACCACGUCUCCGUCACGUUAAUGUCUCCGUCACUUUAACGUCUCCAUCACAUCUCCAUCAUGUUAACGUCUCCAUCACAUCUCCAUCAUGUUAACGUCUCCAUCACAUCUCCAUCAUGUUAACGUCUCCAUCACAUCUCCAUCAUGUUAACGUCUCCAUCACAUCUCCGUCACGUUAACGUCUCCAUCACAUCUCCAUCAUGUUAACGUCUCCAUCACAUCUCCGUCACGUUAAUGUCUCCAUCACAUCUCCAUCAUGUUAACGUCUCCAUCACGUCUCCGUCACGUUAACGUCUCCAUCACAUCUCCAUCAUGUUAAAGUCUCCAUCACGUCUCCGUCACGUUAACGUCUCCACCACGUCUCCGUCACGCGUUAAUGUCUCCGUCACUUUAACGUCUCCAUCACAUCUCCGUCACGUUAACGUCUCCAUCACAUCUCCAUCAUGUUAACGUCUCCAUCACGUCUCCGUCACGUUAACGUCUCCACCACGUCUCCGUCACGUUAAUGUCUCCGUCACUUUAACGUCUCCAUCACAUCUCCGUCACGUUAACGUCUCCAUCACAUCUCCAUCAUGUUAACGUCUCCAUCACGUCUCCGUCACGUUAACGUCUCCACCACGUCUCCGUCACGUUAAUGUCUCCGUCACUUUAACGUCUCCAUCACAUCUCCAUCAUGUUAACGUCUCCAUCACAUCUCCAUCAUGUUAACGUCUCCAUCACAUCUCCAUCAUGUUAACGUCUCCACCACGUCUCCAUCACGUUAAUGUCUCCGUCACUUUAACGUCUCCGUCACGUUAAUGUCUCCAUCACAUCUCCAUCAUGUUAACGUCUCCAUCACAUCUCCAUCAUGUUAACGUCUCCAUCACAUCUCCAUCAUGUUAACGUCUCCAUCACGCCUCCGUCACGUUAACGUCUUCGCAAAUCAGUUUUUGGGAUGUUUCUGUUUGCUGGUGUUUUGAGUUGCCGUGGAGUUGUCCUCUCAGAGUCGGCGUAUUAACAUCAACCUGAGCCUACAGUCCCACACACAAACACAGAGAUGAAACCAGCCCAAAGCCACGGUGAUAAAAGACGGUGUAAAAACAUGAUGUUGUGGCAACAGAGGCUGACUCUUCAUCACAGCCAGGCUCUGGCUGCCGGGCUGGAGUCUGCAUACACUCGGCUUUAACAUCACUCGGGGUUCUUUGUGUUUGUGCAGAUGUUAGCAGCAUAAUGCAGCUGUUUCUGUCAGUCUGCACUCGCCCAGCACACGCCUGGUAGUUCUGACCGCUCCGCCAUUUUCCUCCAUCAGCUGAUUGCCAUGGGAAUAAAAACGUCGUGUUUAGUUUUUAAUUUUUUCUUCCUGCCGUGCUGAUAGCUGAAGAACUUUUGUAAUGCGAGUAACAGCAUAGUAGUAACUGUAUUGUGAUUACAGUAACGCGUUACACAAACACUGAGCGACGGAGAUCAGGGGAGAGCACGCCAUCAAACAUGGAGUCACGUUUCCGUGAGAGAGCGCCGAGCACGCAGUUACUAAAUCACUAAAUAAAAUAAUGAAACGUCAUGGACAGCACACACAGUGGGACGGCUCUCUUCCACUCAGUUACUUUUUAUUCUAAGAGUAAUCACACUACUGUAGUUUCUCAGCAGUAAUUAAGCUCCAGUUUCCUCCUCCGAGCUUCGUCCCUUCUCCUCCUCCUCCCUUCAUGUUUAUGGUCUUCCACAGGUGAAGGAUUGAGGAGCUGUGUGUCUGCGUGCUCACUGAUCGAGACCCGUUUUUGUUGUAGUUUUGUGUGCGGGGGUAACAAUGCUGUACAUGUGGUGUAAGUUUAGACCUCACCGUUCUUCCCUCUGUCUCUAGGUUUGCUUUUCCUUCUUUUUAUUUAUGGUGUUAAUGAAGGGACGCUUUCACAUCCAAAGUCUUAUUAUUGUUCAGACGAGAAGUUUUCUAGCAGAACAAUCAGUUUGUACCAAUCAGACAAGUUUUAUUUUGUAGGCUUUUAUUUGUCACAGAAGUUUCCUGUUUGUUCGUGUCUGUAGAUUGAUUUUUGUAAAAACAAAAAACAAAGAAAAAAAGAUGACGUUGAACCAAACAGGCUAAAGUUCUUCACCGCAUCUCGAUGCUCGAUCAGACACUCGUUGUGUCCAUAUGUAUCGAUGCGAGCGGCCGAGUCCACUCCUGACCGGUCUGAGCGAAACUGCAGGUCUGUGAAGACCAGAGGUUUUAUUUUCCAAAACACAUUUAAGUUCCUGUGUUCCUGUUUUCACGUUGACCCCAUCGCUGGGUUAAAAAAGCUUCUGAAUGAGCUUCAGUGAAACCUGCAGACGCCUCGUUACCUGAUUGGCUGACCAAACCUGGAGUCGGCACAUUUCUAUCAUCGAAUAAUGAAAACUGAUGUAUGUAAGAAGAUAGCAGCCACAUGGUGAUAAUACUGAUGCAUUAUUUAAUUUAUUUUGAUUUUCUGAUCUUUGUAAUGAUUGAUGAACUAGCCGCUGUGUGAGGAAGAUGUAGACACCUUUAGAUGUGAACCGUUCUGAUGGCGAGGUGACAAAUGGCAGACGUGCUGUACAUACACGCAGAGGCGUAGAGGUUUGUGUUUGUAGUGUGGACGUUUGCCUGAACCGAGUAUCUGAUGUACUGUUGUAAAAUAAAUGUUUCUGAUGCUUCGGA